AUGGGUUUUAAAGAGAGUGAUAGUUUAUUAGAUGAUUAUUUGAGUGAACAAUCAAUAAAUAAGUUUUGUAUAUCUAAUGGUUGUGAUAAAUCAUAUGAAUCAGUAAAAUGUUUUGAAGAAUUACUAGAAAAGGAUAGAAAUGGAGAAAUGAUGACCAGGUGUAAAUUAUCUAUGGGUUUUCCGCGUUUUUUAGACAAUAUGACAUGUUUUCGAAAAAAUGCGCCUAAUUAUGAUACUGUUUCUACGAUCUCUAUUAAUGUUUCAGAUACUCAACAUAAAUCAAAAAUCUCAGAUAAAUGCUCUAAUGUUUCUAAGAGUGUUUCAUGUAAUGAGCAGGAUUUAAAAGAGCAAAAUGAUUUAAGAUUUAUUACAUCAAAUGUACAUGAUAAUAAAAUACCGGAUGCUAUUGCUGUUGAAAAUAAAGUUGCAUCCUCGGAAGGAUGUUCAGUGGAUAAUGCGUUGGGAGUGGGAUUGGGAUCUCAAAAUGUGACAUGUGUUAGUUUGGAUGUUCGUGAAGAAAGUACAGCACAAGAACCAGUAAAAUGGAUUGAAACUAUUUGGCAAAAACGAUCAUCAAAACAUAAACGAAAACAAAAUGAAGAAAAUCAAGGGUACUUUAUUGGCACUAGAAUUGGAGAGGAUCAUGUUAAUUAUGUAACUGCUUAUAAUAUGUUAACAGGGAUUAGAGUUGGAGUUUCUCGAUGUACAGCAAAAGUUGAUCGUGAUCUUACAAGCAUAGAUUUCGUUGAUUCAUACAAAUUUUCUUUUGAUAUAACGGGUAAUGAAUUAACUCCUUCUGCAAAAUAUGAUUUCAAAUUUAAAGAUUAUUCCCCAUGGGUUUUUCGUCAUUUAAGGGCUUUGUUUCGUCUUGAUCCUGCUGAUUAUUUGAUAUCACUUACGAGUAAAUAUAUUCUUUCUGAAUUAGGAUCUCCUGGGAAAAGUGGAAGCUUUUUUUAUUUCUCUCGUGAUUAUCGUUAUAUAAUUAAAACUAUUCAUCACUCUGAACAUAAAUUUUUGCGUAAAAUUUUAAGGCAGUACUAUGAGCAUGUAAAAAAGAAUCCUAAUACUUUGAUUUCUCAAUUCUAUGGCCUACAUAGAGUAAAAAUGCCUUAUGGGCAUAAAAUUCAUUUCGUUAUAAUGAAUAAUUUGUUUCCUCCUCAUCGUGAUAUUCAUAAGACAUUUGACUUGAAAGGAUCUACUGUAGGGAGGGAUUAUAAAGAAGAUGAUUUGGAAAAGAAUCCGAGGGCAACUAUGAAGGAUUUGAAUUGGAUUAGAAGAAAAAUGUAUUUAUCACUAGGUCCAGAAAAACGAGAUAUAUUUCUAGCUCAAGUAAAGGCAGAUAUAGAAUUAUUAGAAUCAUUAGAUAUUAUGGAUUAUAGCCUUCUUGUUGGUAUACAUGAUUUGUCUUUAGGAAAUAAAGAACAUAUUCGAGGCAAUAUGCUAUCUGUGUUCAAUCCUGAUUCAGAACAAAUACAUAGCUCAUUAAAACAGGGGCAGACUGUUUCUAGUGCUAAUGAGCUUAGAAAAAUUGUUUCAACUAUUGGACCUGUUUCUCUUAAUUCUACUUCAAAUGAAUUGUCCGAUCCUGAUUUUACACGCAAAGAUUUCAUAUUUUAUAGUGAUGAUGGUGGUUUUCGUGCUACUCAAGAAGAUAAUCUUCCUGGUGAUUCAAUAUAUUAUAUUGGUAUAAUUGAUCUUUUGACUAAAUACAAUAUAGUCAAAAAAGUUGAGCAUUUUUGGAAAGGACUUUCUCAUUCAAAAUCCCAAGUAUCUGCUAUACCUCCAUCUGGAUAUGCUUCACGGUUUUUUAAAUUUAUAUCAUCUAUUAUCAAAACUCAUCAAUCUGUUGAAAUCUAA